AAGUCUCCUCCAUGUUUCAAAAAGUCCGGAUCUCGAAUAUUAUAUUUGAAAUGAUUGCUAUGGCUGGAGGUUUUGCUAGUGAACGUUUCAGUUAAAUUUCUUUGGACCAGUGGUCUAUUUUACAACUGUAUUUUAAAAAGGUGUGGAGAAGAUUUAUAGGGCAGCUCUCAAGAUUCGAUCACGCGAUCUCCCGAUGAUAAAAUAAGAAAAAAUCGAGCCGACUGAAAUAUUGUUGACAGCAAAGUAAGGUAAAAUCACCCGAUUAACGGUCACUGUCAAUCGAAAAAGCCGUUGAUAUAAAUUACCCGAGGCAGAAGGCAAACGCACAGGACACGGCAAAUAGUAAAUCCCAUCAAACAUUGACUUGAGUACAUUCACUGUAGCAAAAUAGUACUGUAUUAGACUGUGUUUCGUUAGUUCAUUUCUACAGACAUGAACUUGAUUUGAUUUGAAGAAGAGACAGAAUUGCAAAUGGAAGGGAAAAAAAUGAUGUAUGGACUGUAAAUUUUGAGCUCGGAAAUUUGUGAGCGAUGGCGUUGCUGGAGUUCGAAAAUGGCUGGCAGAGUUCGCGGAUUUCAUUUUCUGUCGAUCUUUCGCCGAUAGACAUGGCGUCGCCGGAGAAGCGAAAAAGAUCAGAUGUGGCUGAUAUGAAUUACAGCACCGAAUUUGAGUUUUUCAACUUAAGUAGUCAUGUUAACCAUGGUUGCGAUGCAGACAAGACCGAAUCUCUGAUUUCUGCCGAUGAAUUGUUCGUCGACGGCAAAAUUCUGCCUCAAAUUCGCGCUCCGGAAGCUCUAUUUUUAAGUAAUGACAGUCAUGCGAGUCCAGAAAGUUCGUCGCCGGCUCGUUCCGAGUCGUCUAGUCUUUCAAAAACAAGCGGACUAGAAAAUGAUGAAUGCAAAUCUGCUCGCUGGCCGUCCAGCAGGUGGAAGAAAAUUUUCAAGCUGAGCAACAACGAUCAUUUCCGCCCCGCCGUGGACGAAGCAGAUCAGAUUUUAAAUGAAGGUAAAAACGAUGUGAAAAAUCGUCCGUCUGGAAGAUCGCGGUGGCCAUUUUCAUGGAGCGGCGGCGAAAAGCGGGGAAGCAGUUUAUUUUGCGCUUUGCCGUUUUCGAGAAGCAAAUCCGCGGCAGAACGGAAGUCGAAGCCGUGCUGUGAAGCUUCGUCUUACAGAAGCAUAUCUUUCGGGGCUGAGUUCGAAAGGAAAAUUUUGCUCUCAGGUUCGAAACCCUUCGGUACAUCCAGUUCGAAGCGUGAAGAUUUCAUGAAGCCGCCAGACUUGACCAAACGGAAAGGCAACCAGGGAAGGGUACUGACAAACUCUCCUUCAAGAUAUUACAGCCGAGGUAGCCCUGGGAGGAAGAACCAGAGGUUCAUGGUUCGAAACUCAAAAGGCCUUGCAUCAGGUGGGAGCAUUGGCAUGAGCAUGAGAGUGAGUCCAGUGGUAAAUAUGCCUGCUUUAGGCAUGAGAUCUUUUGGAGGGCAGAAAAAGGGAUCUGGCAUUUUUGGCUUUGUCUCAAGAAAUAACAGGAAGCCAUCGCACUGUCCUAAUUGUAGGAUGAAGAGCUUUUGAUUCAUCCUGAGGAACUGCUCCUUGUAUUGGUCUGAAAUUGACGAUCAACCCUUGCCUUCUUGUUUUGAGCUAAUCAAAUACAUAUUUGUAAGAUUUAUUACUCUUUAUAAUGUUUAA